GAACGCAGGAAAAUCCCGGAAGAGAGGAUCAAAGCAAAGCAAAAGCGUUUACAGCGAUAUUAUCCCAAUGAAGAACACAUACUGAAGAUACUGAAAAUUAAUAUAUAGGUUUUUUUUGUCGAUUUUGUUGUAAGAAUUUGUCCACAAAUUUGAUCUCGUGGUAGUUUAAUUAGAAAGUACAGACAUGGCAGAUACAUUCAGUCUUCAAAGGGUUUUGGAAACAUUCAGAUCAAGUCUGAGUGAGAAUAAGGAGGUUUACAUUAAAUAUUAUAUAGCAGGAUGGCAAGAGCUGGUCUCCUUCAUGAAUAGUUUAGGGAACGUGUUUUCCUUCAUCUCCAAGGACGUGGUCAGCAAAAUCCAGAUCCUAGAGAACUUCCUUUCAGGAGAAAACGGAUCCUAUUAUGUCACCAUCCAGUCCAUGGUGAAGUAUGAGCUGGAUAACGACCUGGUGGACCUCACCAAAAGAGGCAGCCACCCAGAAUCCGGCUGCCGCACUCUUCUGAGGCUCCAUCGGGCUCUGCUCUGGCUGGAGCUGUUCCUGGAGAGACUGCGAACCAGCACCGAGGACGGCAAGACCUCCGUCAUGUGUUCUGAUGCCUAUAACGAGUCUCUGGCUCAGCACCACCCCUGGCUCAUCCGGAAAGCUGUCGGCGUGGCGUUCUGUGCCCUUCCAGGGCGUGACACAUUCUUUAAUGUGAUGAAUGCGGGUGAUCACACGCAGGUGGUUGCUCUGUUGGGAGAGUCUUUGCCUCUAAUUGCUGAAGUCUACCAGAUCACAGAAGACUUGUAUGUGAAAAACCACCUCCUGGAGUUACCGUAGAGGGGGGACUGAAUUGUCUUUUACUCUUUACACUAAGUAAUACAUAGUCCUUGUGGCACAUACUCACUUAUUUACUACAAACAUCGACUUGUUUGACUGUCUGCCUGUUUAAAAACCGAAGGGACAUGCAAUAUGCAGAUUUAAUGCUCAUUUUAAGCUACACAACAUCAAGUGGGCAUUGAAUGCUGGGUGUACUUCAAUAUAUUUGAGCUUAGGGAAUAAUAUAAAGCCAUUUAAAGGCAAAGGAUGUAUAUGAUAUAUAUUUAAAUGUGAAGUACUGUAUAUUUGAGUAUAUAGCUCUUUUUUUUCCUCGAGUGUUAAUUAUUUUAUUGGAAAUACUUUUACUUGAAUUCAUGUCGAAUGUGCGUCAUACAUCUGCAGCUUUGCUGAAACUACAAAGAGGGAAUUUUGUAGUGAAUGUAUAAAUAAUAUGUAAUGGAAUAAUUAAAUAUAAUGUUUUG